ACACACACUUCAUAACUCUCAACUCACUUCCCCUCUCAGUUCUAUCCCGCACAUGGAAAUGGAGGACAACAUGGAAAGCCAGAAGAGAAGAGGAGCGAGCAAAGAGGAUUUAAUAUCUGAACGGACGGGGUCUUUGGGAUGCAUCGGUUGGUUGAUAGUCAUACUGUCCGGCUUCUUCACCAUGUGCCUCUUCCCCAUCACCAUUUGGUUUUGUCUGAAGAUUGUUCAGGAGUAUGAGCGCGCUGUCAUCUUUAGACUGGGCCGCAUCACGGACAGGAAAGCCAAAGGACCAGGAAUCUUCUUUGUUUUGCCGUGCACCGACACAAUCAUGAAAGUGGAUUUGCGAACAGUUUCAUUUGACAUCCCUCCACAAGAGAUCCUGACCAAGGACUCGGUCACAGUCAUGGUGGACGGAGUGGUGUACUUCCGGGUCUGUGACCCUAUUGCUUCUGUGGCCAACGUGGCUAAUGCUGACUCGUCCACCCGUCUGCUGGCUCAAACCACCCUCAGAAAUGUCCUGGGGACCAAGAACCUCGCUGAGCUCUUGUCUGACCGCGAUUCCAUCGCUCAGACCAUGCAGUUGAGCCUGGAUGACGCCACAGACAACUGGGGCAUCAAGGUGGAGCGUGUGGACAUUAAAGAUGUGAAGCUGCCACAUCAGCUGCAGAGAGCCAUGGCGGCCGAAGCCGAGGCCACACGAGAGGCCAGAGCCAAGGUGAUUUCCGCCGAGGGUGAGAUGAAUGCAUCCCGCGCCCUGAAGGAGGCGUCCCUCGUGAUCGCCGAGUCUCCGUCGGCCUUGCAGCUGCGCUACCUGCAGACUCUCACCACCAUCGCAACGGAGAAGAACUCCACCAUCAUCUUCCCCCUGCCCAUGGAUAUGAUAUCUCACUUCAUGCACAAGUGAGAUAUCAUUCGUUCGUCCUCUGAAGUCGCCGUCAAAUCAAAUACGACUUGGAGAGGAUCGAAAAAAUUAACUCUCGGGAUGUGAGAGGAUGCUGUGGUUGACAUCUCUUCAGACCGAUCAGAGAAACACCUUUAUGGUUCCCGUAGUCAAGCUGUGAUCAAGCCCUGUUGACAAUGUGAUGUAGACGAGCAAAUAGCUCCCGCGCCUUUAACAACAUUCAUGAUAUAAGAACAUGUUGUUAAAACUAUAUAACUCGUUCACCUCGUAUAAUCUAAUGUUGAUCAGUUGCAUAUUUUGAGACUGAAUUAAAUAUAAAAUGUUUAAAGCUA